UGCAGCGAAUGCAUUGUGAAUGUGAACAUUUUAUAGAGGCAAACGAAAAACUUGCAAAACAUUAAAUAAAUAGGUAGAUAUAAAUAAAUUAGACGAAAAACAGUACAAGAUGCCUGUACUGCCCCUGCCGGCGCUGAUGCAGAACGUAGAGCCGAUGCAAGUUGAUGCCCCGCCCAACGAGGACAACGAAAACAAUGAGGAGCAACAAAUUGUUGUGGAGAACCCCACCAUCGAUCUGGAGGUAUAUGCCAAUCAGUAUAUUGGCAUAGCCCGUCUGCAUCGCUUAAUCUAUGUUGCUGAUGUCUGUCCGGUUCUAAGCUUAGAAGCGCUGAAAAUGGCCAUAACUUAUGUGCAGACAACGUACAAUGUGAGUCUUUACCAGGUUUUGCACAAGCGUCUUAGUGAUUUGCAGGCUGGCAAUGGUGGCGCCGCAGGCGAUCCACCAGCCGGCGGUGCUGCGGCAGGCGCAGCUGCGCUGCCCGACAUAGCCGCUGUACCAGCUGCAGCUCAAGGAACUGGAAACCAGAACGGCAACGGUACUGAAAAAGAUGCAUACGCCUACGACGCGGUCUGGGUGGACACCAAAAUGAAAAAAGCAGCACUGAAGCUUGAGAAACUGGACUCGGACUUAAAGAACUACAAGUCUAACUCGAUCAAAGAGAGCAUACGGCGUGGCCAUGACGAUUUGGCUGAUCAUUAUCUUAGUUGUGGCGACCUGACCAAUGCGCUUAAAUGCUACUCGCGUGCACGAGACUACUGCACUAGUGGCAAACACGUAGUGAACAUGUGCCUGAACGUUAUCAAAGUGUCUAUCUACCUCCAGAACUGGGCACAUGUAAUGAGCUAUAUUUCGAAGGCCGAAAACACGCCCGAUUUCUCUGAGGGCUCUAAGGAGGCCAAUGCGCAGGUGCAUACGCGCCUUGAAUGCGCCGCCGGUCUAGCCGAGCUGCAACUGAAGAAGUACAAGGUGGCUGCAAAACAUUUUCUGGCGGCAAACUUUGAUCACUGCGAUUUUCCCGAAAUGAUUUCCACAAGUAAUGUGGCCGUCUAUGGCGGUCUCUGCGCCUUGGCCACUUUCGACCGACAGGAACUGAAGCGCUUAGUAAUCGGCUCGACAUCUUUUAAGCUAUUCCUGGAGCUAGAGCCGCAGUUGCGCGACAUUAUUUUCAAGUUCUACGAGUCUAAGUACGCAUCUUGUCUGACACUGCUGGACGAGAUACGCGACAAUCUGCUUAUAGAUAUGUACAUAGCGCCCCAUGUGACUACUCUGUACACAAAGAUACGUAAUCGUGCACUGAUCCAGUACUUUAGCCCCUACAUGUCUGCCGACAUGCACAAAAUGGCAAUAGCCUUCAACUCGUCCGUCGGGGAUUUGGAAAACGAGGUGAUGCAGUUAAUUUUAGAUGGUCAAAUUCAGGCACGCAUUGACUCGCACAACAAGAUACUUUACGCAAAAGAGGCGGACCAGCGCAACAGCACCUUCGAGCGCGCCUUGCUGAUGGGAAAACAGUACCAGCGUCACACUCGCAUGCUCAUCUUGCGCGCAGCCAUGCUCAAGAGUCACAUCCAUGUCAAAAGCGUCUCCCGUGAAGGCGGCAGCAGCCAUGGAGCAGAACUUUGUGUGUCAGCGGGCUCGAGCACCACAGCUCCACUGGCUCGCAUUUAAAUAAGGAUACCAAUUUGAAAUAUUUUUGAGCGAAUUUUGUGCGGCAGAAUAAAGUCUACUAGCAAAGCUACCAAAUCAAAGUGAAA